GACGUUUUAGAGCUUCCCGGUGACUUGCUAGUGCCUAUGCAGAAUAACUUGUUUCUCCGAGUUGCUUUUGUUGACAGCAUUCAGUAUUAAAGUUGAUGGUAUCUUGUGGCCAUGCAGAAAUUCAGCAACAACAAUGUAUUUGGAAAGAGACACCGGUGUUUUUGUUAAUCAUGGCUACGUCUGAAUGCGGGGAGGCUGAGAGACACUUUGGAAAUUCCGAUUCUAAACAGUCUGAGACCUGGAAACGUCAUAUAAUUCGACAGCUGAAAUAUCGGGAUAAGGCACAGAAGAUUCUCUUUCAAGAUGUCAUCCGAUCGUAUCUCGGCUUACUCGAACGGUGUACACAGAAAGCCUUCAUAACCAAAGGUAUUCUUUCGGUGACAAGACCAUUGCUGCUUUCCUCAUCUGAGGAUUCACUGUCAUCCCUUAAAACAGCCACUGGUGAGCUUGCUUACCAAGUAGUGGAGCUGCAACAGGAGAUAAAAAUCAAGGAAACCUUUCUUGAAAAGCAACAUGCCAGAUUGUAUGAGUCUCAGAAUGACCUCAGUGCUGUGCAACUGGAGUAUGGCAAGUUGCAGGCUUCUGUGGCCGAAGUUGAGGAGAGGAACCGGCUGCUAAAGAGCAAAUAUGAUGCUCUGCUUGAACGCCACCAGCACACAGAAAGAGCUUACCGCAAGGAGGAGCUCUCUGGCUCAGAACUGCUGGAGGACAUGAUCCACUGGAAGCAGCAGGCUGCUGAGCGCAUGAAUGACCGUAAUGAGAGGAGAGUGAGAGCCAGAGAGGCUGGACUCAAUAAAGACCCUGAAGCAACUGCCAAUAAGAAGUUCAACUUUGACAAAGUGCCUCAAAGUGCAUCAUCACCAUCAUCACCAUCAUUACUCAGGAGUGAGAGUGGGAAGAGGGCAGAGAGAAGCCAUGGACGACUUUUCAGGUCUGCUUCAGCCACCUCCCCUCGGUUUCUUGGCUCCAUCAAAGAUCUUUUUGAAAGGAAGAGGCGGGGUAGUUCAAUUUGCAGUUUGGAAGAGCACCUCAGUACCCCUUCAGGAAUCUGCCUAGCUGCAAGAGUUCCAAACAAGGCCAUUCACUUGCUGGAUGCUCAUGAGUUGGGAAUCAAUGCAGUGAGAUUCAGCCCCAGAUCAAACCUGCUAGCAACUGGAGGGACAGACAGAGUGAUCAAGUUGUGGGACAUCGUAGCAGGCAUGCUGCACUACAGAGGGACACUAGAUGGGAGUAAUGAGGGAAUCACUAGCAUUGAGUUUGACUCUACGGGCACCCGAAUUUUAGCUGCGUCAUAUGACAAGUCAGCUCUGUUUUGGCGGCUGGAUGACUUCGUUCCCAAGUUUACUCUCACAGGUCAUUCUCGCAAAGUGACAGCAGCAAGGUUUAUGUGCAACCUAAGGCAGGUGGUGACAGGGAGUGCAGACAGGACAGUGAAGAUCUGGGACCUGCAACGUGCUGCCUGCAUACAAACCAUAGAGGUGUUGUCCUACUGUAGUGAUGUCGUUUGCUCUGAAUAUUACGUCAUCAGUGGCCAUUAUGACAGAAAAAUACGUUUCUGGGACAGCAGGGCAGCAAGCUGCACACAGGAGGUGCCCCUGCAGGGCAGGGUGACAUCCUUAGACAUCUCCCCCAACCACAGGGAGCUGCUAAGCUGCUCAAGAGAUGAGAGCCUGCAACUAGUGGACCUGAGGAGGAGUAAUACCAGGAUGGCAUUCAGGGCAGACGGUUUCAAAUGUGGAAGUGACAGCACCAAGGCCAUCUUCAGUCCAGAUGGAAGUUACCUGGUGGCUGGAUCAGCAGAUGGUACUGUGUACAUCUGGAACGUUGGUACAGGAAACCUGGAAACCCAACUGCCGGACAUGCACAGCUCCUCAGUUAAUGCAGUGGCAUGGUCAAUGUCAGGCGAGUAUGUGGUGAGUGUAGAUAAGAGCCGGCGAGCCAUUCUCUGGAGCGACAUUUGAAACUGGAAGUGGAUGGUUGUGUUCCCUGUUGCUGGUUAUCCACCAUGCUCCAUAACAUCUAGUCAUCGAUCUUCAAUGUCUAGGGAACAGCCCAUUCUAUAUUCCUUCCUUAUUGUUAAAAGAGCAUCAUUGCUUUUACUACCUAUAGAAGCAAAGCACCAUAUGCAAAUGUGUGUUGGUCUGGCUUUAUUCAGCAGGGUAGAUACCUCUUGACUUUUUUUGUUACAAUUACUGACUCAAAGUAUGUAAAAAGGUUUUUGUUGGCUUACAUUUACAGCACCCUCAAUAAAUACUGGAAGAGUGACAAAAAUGUUGCUGGUAUACUCUAGUCGUGUGGCUUAAAGAUGAAGACAUGUGCCAAGAAAUAUGGCAAGGUCUGAAUAUAGGUGACAUUGCAUUAUAAUUAUUUUUACAUCUUUAAUACUAACUGCCUGGUCCAAGGAAACACACACACACACACACACACACACACACACACACACAGAUGCAU